GAACCCUUGUACCCAGACAGCCAACUGCCGAGGAACAGGUUAGCCGGGUCUCAUCCUUGAGACCCUAGAGAGAGCAGAAUGUUCUCUUGCUGCCUUCAAACUGCUCAACACUCAGGCCUCAAGAAGGACAACAGUGAAGGCCAUGGUGGUGUCUGGAGACAGCGGGUUCGUUCUUGCCUCCAACACCUCUGGCCAUUUGGUAGGAAGGAAACAAACUUGACCCAGGGAAACCAGGGUCAGGAACACACAGACCAGGUUGAGAAGAAGUCUGCCCCAAAGAACCCGAAGGAGCCCUGUACAGAGUCCCGCAUCAAUGCAGACAUGGUGGAAAAGUUGGUGAACCACCUGGUACCUUCCCUGCAGGGUGGGGACCUCUUCUUUGUCCCUGCCUUCCUGUACACCUACCGAAGGUUUGCCACAACCCAGCAGGUGCUGGACCUGCUGCUCAAGCGGUAUGAAUACUUCCGCCCUUAUUGUGAGGAGGAUGAACGGGUAAAGAAGACCAUUUGUACCUUCCUGGACACGUGGAUGGACAAGAAACCUGAGGAAUUUUGCCAGACUUCAGCUCUGUCCAUUGUGAGACAGAUGAAGAACUUUUUGAUUGUACAUACACCCUACUCAGACCUUGUUCUCCGUGUUCAUAUGCUCCUGACUCAUUUGGAGGAACAAAAGGCCACUGAAACAGAGGCCAGGGAUGAAGAAGUCUCAGAUCCAGAGCAUUAACAUCUGCAACACGUCUGUCUCCAUCCACACAUCUGUAGAUCCAGAGCAUUAACCAGCAGUGAAGCCAGUCAUCUAGAGCCAGAACCAACUUGUGCACCAGAGUAAAGAUCACAAACACCACCAGAAGAUUCCAUGAUACCUCUGCUGUUGGGACCAGACAUGACAGCAGAUUCAAGCCAGGACAGCAGCAGCAGCUGUGGUUUCUGUGUGUCUCACACAACAGGAGUCACUGAGCAACUUUCACACACCUUACCUUAAGAGCAGUGGGUCCAGCUCCCCAGAAAAUGGUCCUGCCAUCCCUCUUCCCUCUUGUUGUCCAUCUAUAUCUGCUCUGCAUACAGCACCAGCUCUGCUGUUCUCCACAGGGUGGCCCAUUUCAGUCCAGCAGCAGUCGUUGCACCACAACCAACUUCCCCUCUCCUCAGAAAUAGUCUCUUUAGUCUUCUGGCUCUUUUCAAUGUGUGUGAAAUUAUGGUUUUAAUAAAUCAUUAGUGCUUGA